UGCCUGAACGAGCGGAGGAAAAGAGAGAGAGAGAGAGAGAGAUGGCCGGAAUUCUCACAUUGGGUGCCGCUCUGCGCUCGAAGGCCGGCAGAAGCGGCGCCGGACUGCUCGCGGGGCGUGCAGCAGUUAUCUCCGCGGCCAUCGGAAGCGAGAACGCUUUCGGCCGGCGGAGCUUCUGCUCGAACUCCUCCGACUCUCCGGCAGGAAGGUCGACCAGAAUCCAGCAGAUAAUCGAGAAGGAGGGCGUCGCCUUGCUGCCGGGGUGCUACGAUGCGCUGUCGGCUGCCAUCGUUCAGAAGGUCGGCUUCAGCGCCGGCUUCAUCUCCGGCUACUCCGUCUCCGCCGCCCGGCUCGGCAAGCCAGACAUCGGCCUAAUGACGCCACCGGAGAUGGCGGAAGCCGCUCGGACCAUUUGCUCCACCGUCCGUGACAUCCCCUUUAUUGCAGACGCUGACACUGGUGGAGGUAAUUCUCUCAAUGUGCAAAGGACUGUCAAGGAUUUGAUUGCAGCAGGUGCCGCCGGCUGCUUCCUUGAGGAUCAAGCAUGGCCAAAGAAAUGUGGCCAUAUGCGAGGCAAACAGGUUAUACCUGCAGAGGAGCAUGCUUCAAAGAUUGCUGCAGCAAGAGAUGCAAUAGCAGACUCAGAUUUCUUCCUUAUUGCCCGAACCGAUGCAAGGGCAAUAUCAGAGAAAUAUGGUUUAUCAGAAGCCAUAUCAAGGGCCAACCUUUAUAUGGAGGCUGGAGCUGAUGCUUGCUUUGUUGAUGCACCAAGGAGCGACGAUGAGCUUAGAGAAAUCGCUCGUCGAACCAAUGGUUUUAGGGUUGUUAACAUGAUUGAAGGAGGUGUUACUCCAUUGCAUACACAAGAGGAGUUAAAAGAGAUGGGCUUCCAUAUCAUCUUGCACUCAACCACUACACUUUACACAACAGCCCGUGCUUUGAUGGACAUGCUGCAAAAGAUGAAGGAGUCAGGAUCAAGCAAAGACCAUCUUGACAAGUUGGCUAGCUUUGCGGAAUUCAAUCGGUUGAUCAAUUUAGAGUCCUACUUUGAAAAAGAAGCUCACUUCGCCGAGUACAAGAAUGCGCUUGAAGCUCAGCACCAAUUGAAGGCCAGUAGCGGAGCAUUCUAGAUUUGGAACAUAUAUAAGUGGAUGCAACUUGUUGAAGUUUUGGUCCUAUCAUGGUCUUUCUUUUAGUGUUCUAUGAGUCGCUAGCAUAACAUGUUAUUGUUCCUGUAUUAUGUUUUUCUAGAAAUUGGUCACAAGAGUGUGUGGACCUACCAAAAAAGCCAAAUCUAGUGCAGCUUAGUAGGUCCUUAUGGCUUUCUUGAUAGUUUGGAAAGUUUGUUAUGUAAUGGAUUAUCAAUGUGAUUAAUUAUGAAAGA